CCUACCUGUCAAGAUAUUGUUUAAAGUGGACAUAUCCUAUAAUUCCCAGUGAAAAAACGCACGCACCGCCGAGAACUAACUUGGCUUGUAACGACAUAAUUAUUUAACAAUCUGGCGCCACUAAUUAAUCAUUAGCCAAAUAGUUUAUCUAAUUAACCAAUUUCUUGAUUAACCUACGCCACCCGGUGAACUAACCUACACUUUGACAGAAGUUUGUUUAUCAGUGAAUGACCGGAAUUAUUUGUUGUUGAGACACAAAAUGGCAUGGAUUCGGACGUGAGCCCCUUGUGUUGUUGCGAGUACUUCGACAACAACAACGAGCGCAACCACAUCCUGGCCUGUUGUUGCAGUUGCGUCGACUUGGACGAGGGCGUUGAGAGCCUGAUAACGGGUCAUGGUUUCCCCGAACAGAACCGGAGCCGUCUGAUGGCCACCCUCCAAGACAGGCUGCGCAUUCCCUGGCGUGGGGGCGCCAAGCAAGUCUCCUUCGAUGCCAUUCUGCCAGUAUUUAUCUUGCCCUUGAUGUUUAUCCUCUCCUCAAUCAGUCUGUGGUGGACGAUUUUUUCGUUCACUGCCGUUGUGGUCAUCCUAGCGUCCGUUUUUCGGUUUUUUAUUAAGACUAUUCCACAGACGAAAUUUUUCGUCGUGUGGACCAUUACGUCAAUUAUUAUUUUGUACGUUAUAUUUGAGUUAAUCGUAAUUCCUCUCCUGGAGAUUUUGUUUGAGGAGAACGUUUUGUUGAGCGUAUUUUUCGCGACUUUUUUGCUUUGCUUCUACUUGAUGAAGCAGAGGAAUAAUUCUUUAGGGAGAAUUGGAGAGAGUGAGGCUGAAAGUGGGUUCGUGGGGACGGGGACCAGGUGUUACAUUUGUCAGGUUCUAGUGCCUGAUAAAGACCACCACUGUGUUUGGUUUGACUGUUGUGUAGGGCGGCAUAAUCAAUGUUUAUUUAUCUUAGCACUAAUUUUCGCAAUUGCCUCGUUGGUGUAUAGCUCGAAUCUAACACUGACUUCUGUGUGCCAUCCUUUUAUAUUCUACAAAACAAUUUUACUACCAGACGACUGCUCAGACGUUUACCAGCAAUUUGAAUUAGGACUUUCGUUUGUCUCAGCUUUAUACAGUCUGGGUCUAGCAACUAUUCUCCUAAUCCUACUUCUGCAUCAAAUAUUACUAGUCUCAGUUGGACUAACAAGCAAAGAGUGGAGAAACUUAUCAUUUUGUGCUAAAUGUUUUUUGGGACUGUGCUCAAAACGGCCACAUAACCUCGGGUUUUUGCGAAACUGGGGCCGAAUAAUGUGUUGGAAAAGAAGUUACACCAUCCCUCGUUGAGUAUUAAAAACAUAUCGAUUUGUUAUACAGUUAUUUGCAAUAAAUAAAAUAAAUUUAAAGACGAA